GUUGUCAACUUAAAUAUCAGCUUGUUAUUCACAGCUUCGAUUCAGGUUUUAGUGCAAAAUGCCCACAGAUAGAGAGGAACUAAACAAUUUGACCACAAACAUAUCGAUUUCCCUAAUAUCCUAUGGUAUCUUGCUAGUGAUUUUUCCUGGCUCAACUUUUCCAAUCGUCAUUCUAAUCCUCAUGAUUUCAUCUUCAUUAUACAAGGCCAAAUAUUUAAAUUAUAUUUAUAAAAAAUACUUCAACAAAUUGGAAAUAACAAAUGAUAGACAGGAUCUUAUUAACACAAUUCAGUCUUUAAGUAGUUAUAAGUAUAACACGCAAAAUUGGAAUAACAGGAAAAAAAAAAUAUUUUUUUCCAUGCCAAUUAGACACCAAAAGUUAUCAAUAAAUUAUUUAAAAAAAUUUGAUAAAAUCAAUAAAUUAAUCGAUGUCAAUUCUCAAUUUUUGAAUGAUAUUGCGAAAGAUUCGAUAGAUUUUUAUAAUGUUCAAAAAAACGAAUUAAGGUUAGCCACUUUUCAAAACAGUAAUGAUAAUUUCAAUGUUAUUGAAGCUUUAUGUCAUUUUCAAAGAGAUUGGUCAAGUUUAGGCGAUGUGGAAAUAAAUCCAAUUUUAAAUUAUGUUAAAAAGAAUUUGAAUAAUAUUGUUAAUAAUAACAAUUACAGAGGAAAAACGUGUGUGAUUAUUCCAGGUUCAGGUUUGGGUCGAAUUGCUCAUGAAUUAGCGGCAGCAUAUUCCUCAAUCCAUUUUGAAACCGUAGAAUAUUCUUGGUUAAUGCAUUUAUCAAAUCAAUUUAUUUACAAGACAAAUUCAGACCAGCAAACUUAUUAUAAUGUUCAUCCUUUCAUUCAUUCAUAUUCCAACCAUACUAGUUUAGAUAACCAGACUAGAGAGAUUAAAAUCAAACGAUUGGAUUCCAAACCUUCAAAUUUAAAAUUGAAUCAUGGAGAUUUCCGGUUAUUUAAAUUGGAGAAUUCUGAAGACUUUGAUAAUAUAAUUAUUGUGAGUGUUUUUUUCUUGGAUACUGCUGAAAAUAUUUUUGAAUACUUAGAUGCGAUGGAGAGAUUGAUAUCAAGUAAACAUGGUUAUUGGAUCAACGUUGGACCGUUGAAAUAUGGAAGUGCACCUAAAGUUGAGUUUAACUUGGAAGAAUGGAGAGAGAUCCGUAAAAAGACUGGAUGGAUUGAUAUUGAUGAGCCAAAACCUUAUGGCAAAUUGCUAACUGGAUAUCUAACAGAUACCAGGGGUUUAUGGCAGGGUCAAUAUGGCCUUUGCAGGUGGGUAUCUAAGUUAUAAUAAAUUAUAAUAAUCCUAAUCCUAAUCCUAAUCCUAAUCAUAAUAACCAUAAUUUUUGUUUCUAAUUAAGACCUAACUCUUUUUCAACUCCGUAUAAUAUCAUUUAAUCUGCACAUCAUUUAAUCCAUUCAGUCCAUUUAAUCCGUAUGAUCCAUUCAACUUAUUUCAUAUCAUUUAAUACCAAUUUAAUUUCAUUUUUAUUUUAA